GGGAAUAAAGCAGCGUUAGCCUACAACGGCACCACGAUCACAGCCACUCCCACCAUCACGCGAGAGGACAGCCUUUAUAAUUCCGCCGGCAUCUGCAACACCUACAGAGCUCCGGACUCACUGAGAACUGACGUAACCGCACCGCGCGACAGAAGCUUUUCUACUCAUCCGUGCUCGACAUGUCUUCUGCCAACGAACGCAGCUACACGUAUGAGGACUACAAGGAGACAGCCGAUUGGCUGCUGAACCGCAGCUGCCAGAAGCCCAAGGUAGCCAUCAUCUGUGGCUCUGGGCUGGGCGGCCUUGCAGACCUGCUGGAAAACAAAACGGUGAUUCCCUACAAGGAUAUCCCCAGCUUCCCCCAGAGUACAGUGCACGGACACGCCGGCCAGCUGGUGUUCGGACAGCUCAAAGGGAAGCCGUGCGUCUGCAUGCAGGGCCGAUUCCACUACUACGAGGGCUACGGCAUCGCCACGGUAACAUACCCCGUGCGCGUUUUUCACCUGCUCGGAGUGGAGACUCUGAUCGUCACCAAUGCCGCGGGGGGCCUGAACCCCGACUUUAACGUGGGCGACAUCAUGCUCAUCAAGGACCACGUCAACAUGCCCGGCUUCUCGGGGGUGAACCCCCUGCGUGGUCACAAUGAGGAGAGGUUCGGGACGCGGUUCCCCUGCAUGUCGGACGCCUACGACCGGGAAAUGAUCCGCCUGGCGACGGAGACCGCCGCGGAGCAGGGCUGUUCCUCCUUCCUCCAGCAGGGGGUGUACUGCAACCUGGGAGGCCCCUGCUUCGAGACCAUCGCGGAGUGCAAAAUGCUGCAGUCCCUGGGCGUCGACGCCGUCGGAAUGAGUACAGUCCCAGAGGUCAUUGUUGCUCGCCACUGCGGCCUGCGCGUCUUCGGGCUCUCUCUCAUCACCAACAAGGCAGUGAUGGACUACUCCAGUGAGCAGCGGGCCAGUCACGAGGAGGUCCUGGAAACUACGCGCAGGAGGGCCCUGGCGCUGCAGGGGCUAGUCAGCAGCCUGCUGGCCAAGAUUUAGAGCGCCCACUGUCUACGCAAGUUGUUCUUUUCUGUGUUUUUUUUAAAUUUUAUUUUAUUUUUUAGGUUAAAGGAGUUUUUUUUUUUUAAUCUUAAAGGGUAGUUAAGAUAAUAUUGAGCACCAACAAACAAAAAUGAAAAAAAAUCACACAUCAUGUUAUUUAACAUGUGACACGGCUUCAGAUAAUCUUCUGUCAGUGCAUCCUGCAUUGGCAGUGUAUAUUUGUAAGCAUUUUGUGUUACACAUUUAGCUUGAACAAUCUCCCUCUGUGUAAUCUACUAAUCCCCCCAAAACCGUGACCAGGGAAGGCCCUAAUGCUGGAGGACCCCUAAACGGCAUUUACAUUUUAUUUGCACUUUGUCCGUCAGCGGCUCACGGUGGCAAUAGAUCAAAGACUACAAAGGAAUACUGCAGUCUGUCACAGGCAUGUUAUUGCAUCACUUCCUGUUCUGCAGAAAAUGACUUUUGGUGUGGAUAGACUGCUUUUUCAACAAACAAAUAAUAAUAAUAAUAAUAAUAAAUUAUAUAUAUAUAUAUAUACACAAAAAAAGUUACUGUAAAGGGAGAGGGAAAGUAUUGUCCAUGCAUGUUUCCAGCUACUGACUAUAACUGUAACUGUUUCAACGAAUGUAUUUAUUAAAGAUUACUUCUGGUACUUUCGCACCUGAUAAUACCUCUAAUGCUUACUCUAAGUCUUGAGUCUCUAAAUAAGAUUUAAUUUUUUCCCCAAGGGCUAAUACACAAAUGGGACCACCUAAUACGUUUUAUUGUAUUUACUAAGAAAUAUUACAUUUAUAUUUUUUAAUAAUGCUGAUAUUUACUUCCAUAUUUAUGUUUUAAAAAAGAGAGACUACAUCAUCGGUGGUACAUUAGCCUAUAGCCAUGGGGAAGAUAUAUAUAUAUAUAUAUAUAUAUAUAGUGUUCUUCGGUUGUUUAUUUCACAAAUGGUGAAAAACCACUUUUACUUGAACAUUGUGUUACAGCAUUGUGGGGACUAUAGCAAAGGGAUACUUUAGGCUAUGCUCCAAAGAUUAAUAUAGCCUAUAUCUACGUAAAUAUAAUUGAUGGUUUAAUGAGAUUGUAAUAUAAUUACUAAUUAAAGUAUUGUAAACCAAGGAUUAGGGAUUAUGAAAGUAUAUUUUGUAUUCUACAAUAAAGUAGACAACAAUAAAACAAAAAAUAAAAACAGA